AUGUCUGAUAAAAUUCAAUUACUUAACCUUCCGUAUGAAAUUCUUAACAAUAUUUUUAAGCAAAUUAAGAUUUUGAAUAAUGUGAUAAUUAUAUGUAAAUUUAUUUCUUUACUCGUUAAAAAUCAUCAAUUUAAGUCUGAUUGGAUUAUUUAUCAUUAUGGAAAAGCACACGCUCUUUUUUAUGCAAUUGGCUUAGGUCCAAGUUUUAUUGAUAUUGAUACAGUAAAAGUAAUUAUACAAAAAAAAGGAAUUCUUUCUAGAUAUUUUAUUCAAAGACUUUGUCUUGCUUUUGGAAAAUAUGAUAUGAAUCUUAUAGAUCAAAAAAUAAAUCAUGUUAUUGAUGAUAUUAAUGGAAACAAAUUACUUUUAUUACAAAAAAAAACAAUUCCAUGGGCUAGUGAUUUACCAAUACCUAGUUUGGUCAAUUGUUUAUUUGUUUCAAGAGAAUGGUGUAGAAUCACUAUUCCGAUAUUAUGGCAAAAUCCAUUCAAAUCUAAUAAUUUUACAAUCAAAAGUAAAUCUUUGAAACAAAUAAUUCAUAAUAAUUUAAAUGCUAAUGAAGCACAUGAUUCAAAUGAUGAAUAUCAAGUUAAAUACACUUCUCUUUUUCCUUAUCUCUCAUAUGUAAAGGAAAUACAUUCAUGCAAAAUCAUGAAAAUGUUCAAAAAAUAUACUCUGAUAACAAAAAUAGUUAGUUUAUUACUCAGAUCUUCAAAUAUCAUUAAUUACAUUUGUUUAAUCAAUAAUUAUAAUUUUCCAUGUUUAAAUAACUAUAUGAAAAACCAUCGUGAUGUAAAAAUACCUGAUUCAUUUUUUAAUGAUAUAUUGCAUUUAAAAUCUCUUAAAUUAAUAAAUAUUCGUAAAUAUAGUAAAUAUGGAACUAAAUAUUAUCUGAUUGAAAUGAAUCCAUAUUAUUCAUAUGAUUUACCUACAAGUAUUCCCUUUAUGAUUUUAUAUGAAAAACAACAAACAUGUGAAAGAUCUAUUUAUAUUAAUUCACUUCAAUUAUUUGGAGAAUAUAUUUAUCCUGAGAGUUAUCUUUGCGAAAGUGUUCAAGGUGUGAUUAUUAAUUUUCAAGAAAGAAAAAUGGAAUUAAAAAUAUGUAAUGAUAUAUUUUGUUUAAAAGAAAAAUAUAUGGUCAAAUAUGAAUUUGUGACCAAGGAAAAGUAUUAUAACACUCGUGAAUGCGAUCAACAAUUAUGUCAAAAUUAUAAUUUUAUGGAAUAUUUUUGUUCAAUUAAUAAUUGUAAAGAUCCAUAUUGCAAAGGUUAUCUUCACCUUCAUAAAUUGUUAAUGAAUAAUUUACAAGAAAAUUAUCAAAGUAUAAAUCAACUUAAUGAAUUUCAUCUUAAUGAACUAACAUUAUUAGAAAAAAUUCAAGAUGUAUUUGAACAUUUAAAGAUAAUAAUAUUAUACAUAGAAGACGAGAUUGAACAAGAAGCAAAAAAAAGUAAUAUAACAAUAACAACACUUUAUAAAAAUAAUAAGUGUUUAGCUUUAAUAAAAAUAGCAAAAGUAAUAUAUGAAAAUUGGACAUCCAAAACACCUGAAAAGUAUCUUGAAGAACAGAAUCGAGAUCCAAGUUAUAUCAAUACUCUUGAAGAAAUAAUAUCAGAUUUAAGUAAUAGUGCACAAGAAUACGAAGAUCUUGCUUUAAUAGAAUUAAAAAUAAUUAAUAAUUUACCACAUGAUGAUGUUGUAUCGAAACAAUAUCAAAUGAUACAAAAAACUAUUCCUGAAUUGGAGAAAGUUAUUAAUGAAUAUGAUCUUAUUAAAGAUGAAAAUGUUAAUAUACAUUUUAAUAAUAUUGAUAAUUUGACAAGAGAUGAUAUUCAUUCAUUUAACCAAAACAUUUUAAAAGAAAUUAAUAGACCAUUACCUUUUCCAUUUAUUGGAAAUAUAAUUAGUUUUAAUAAAGAUGCUAAACAAAUGGUUGGGAUAAUGAGAAAAAAAUAUGGUGAUAUUUAUGAAAUAUAUUUCGCAAAUCAACGAAUAAUUAUUAUUUCAAAUCCUGAAUAUAUUGAAAAAGUAUUUAAUUCCAAUUCAAAUACUUUUUCUAAAAGAUUUCCAAAAAAUCUGUAUAAUGAAUCAAUAAAAGAAUUUGGAUUAUCCGGAAUAGCAUUGAAUGAUGAUAUUCAAAAAUGGAAAUAUAAUCAAAUUAGAGAUUAUAUAAUUAAUGAUAUUGAUAAUAUUAUUGAAAAUAGAAGAAAAGAAAUUAAAAAUAAGAUUGGUGAUGAAAGAUGUGAUAUGUUAACAACAUUAAUUAUGGAUAAUAAAUCAAUGACAAACAAAGAAAUUAUUGGUAUCAUAUAUGAUACUUUUAUACCAGGAACUGAAACUGUAAAAAAAAUGCUUAAAGAAAUUAAAUCAGUAUUUCCAGAAAAUAUUAAUAAUUUAAAUUCAAGUAAUUUUUCAAAAUUAAAAUAUUGUGAAGCAAUUAUUAAAGAAGCUUCACGUGUUUCACCCACUGCUAAUAUAAUUCCAAGAUGUUCAGAAAAUCAAUGUGAAGUUGCAGGGUAUGAAUGGAAUUCUGAAACAUUUUUCAUGAUAGAUAUGGAUGGUUUUAAUUAUAAUAAAUGGUCAUCAGAUCCUAAGAAUUUUGAUCCAGAAAGAUUUUAUAAUAUGGAUGAAAAUAUAAAUAAAGAUUCAAUGUUUGGAGGAGGAGUGAGAAUAUGUCCUGGAAAAAAAUUAGGAUUAUAUGAAAUAUAUUUUUUAUUAAUAGCUUUAUUUGGAAAGUAUGAUAUAGAAUUAGUUAAUGAUAAAUUACCAUUAAAACUCAAAACAAGUUUAUCAGCAGGUGAUUUUUCAUCAGCUGUGAUACCACCUAUUCUUAUGGCACUAGGUGCAUUUUAUAUACAUUUAAUUGAAACAAAUGAUAAUAAAUAUUUUAUUAUUUUACGAAUUUUUAAAGUUAUUAUAUUUUACAUCAAUUAUAUUUUAUAUUUCGAUUGGUAUACUCAAAUACACUCAAAUGAUGAAGACAAGAUAAACAAACCAUCACGUCCGAUACCAUCAGGUCUUGUAACAAUUGAAGAAGCUAAAAUUCGGUUAAUGAUUAUUAGUAUUAUUUAUCCAAUUAUAUCAUAUAUGAAUGGAGGAAUAUUUUCAAUUUUGAUAUGUUUAAAAUGGGAAUUAUGGAUUAUGGCUUAUGAAAAAUUUGAAUUGAUGAAAAAUCCUUUUUUAAAAAAUUUAUUUUCAACCUUUGGGAAUAUACUACAAAUAUGUAAUAAUUAUUAUAUUAUUACAGGGAUUAAUCCUGAUAUGAAUGAACUAUUUUAUAACAAAUCACGUUUAUUUGAAUUGUGUAUAUAUUUUUUUGUUAUGACAACAAUUCAAAUGCAAGAUUUUAGAGAUCAAAAAGGUGAUAAAUUUAUUGGACGUAAAACAUUUCCAUUAGUGUUGGGUGAUGAAAAAUAUAUGAAUUUAUUUUAA